GGACAGCAGCAGCUGCCGCCGCAAGAGGAGGCGGUGGCGGCGGAGGAGGCGGAGCAGGUGCUGCGGCCGCGGUGGUUACCUUUACCUCUGGGAGAGGAGGAGACUGAGGCUGGCGAUGGGUCAGGGGGCCGGGCUUGCAGGUUGAGAGCGAAGCGGAGGCUUGGGAGAAAGAGGCAGGCAGGCAGGCGAGGCGCCGCGAAGCCUCCCCAUCUCCCUUCCCUAGAAGGGAAGCCUCUCCUUGCGGCUCCAGCAGGGAAGGCGGAAAGGACGUCGCGGCACCGGCCCGCCGAGCACCGGAGCUAGUUGCGGCUAGGCGCGCUGAACGCGGCUCUUUUCUGCUCUUCAGCUCGCCGGAGAAGGGGAGCCGCCACCCCCCCACCCCCUCCCGGGCGACUGUUGUUGGGGCUACUGGCGGGAGCGCGCGAAGAAGAGCCCGGCGCCGGCUUCCUGCUCCCCCAAGACCAGCAAGGGACCUUUUCGCCUCCCCGAUCGCCGCCGGGACAGCUGCGCUGCGUGGCCGCUUGGGGGAAAGAGCUGCACGAAGGUUAAAGGCGGCGGAGAGAGAGAGAGAGAAAGAAAGGCGGGCUGGGGGUGGCGGCUGCUGCGGCUGGGCGCGCCAAGAAGCGCGGGGAGGCAAAGGCGUAAGACCCCCGCUCCAGGUUGGAGACCGAGACCUCCAUAGAACACACAUGUUGGCGCAGACCUCUGCACAGAAAACCUCCUUCGCUCCCCGCGACGCAUUGUUGGGUCGCGACAGGCUUGCAGAAGCUGGGCUCGCGACGGCAACGCCGCCAGCCGCCGGUACGCAUCGUGCGCCGCCGCCGCCCCCAGCUUGCUCUAUGUGAGCUUCUCCGGCUGCUUCCUCCUCUUGCUGGAUGGCGAUAGACCGGCGACGAGACGAGGGCGGCGGAGGGCGGCAACUGCCCGAAGAGAACGGCUCCUUGCCUCCCGGAGAGGCGGACCCUGCGGCUGCAGCAGCGACAGCCGCACCCCCUGCAGGGGGUCUGGCCGCGGAGAUCCAGAGCCUGCCUCUUCCUCCGCCGCCGGCACCGCCGCCGCCUCGCUCCGGGUCUUGCUGCAGCCCUCUCUUGCUGGAUUACGAUGGCUCGGUGCUGCCUCUCCUCGGGGGCCUGGGUGGUGGGCACCAAAAAACUCUCAUUCUUCUCACCUGGAUCCCGGCCCUGUUCAUCGGCUUCAGCCAGUUCUCGGACAACUUCCUCUUGGACUCCCGGUGCCAGAGGACAGACGGGCAGGGCAACGGGACAGGGCACCCGCACCUGCCUGCCCGGGCCCCCGCUCCCAGCCCCAUCUACAACCUCAACAACAGCACCAGCUAUAGCAGAGGGAUGCUGGCAGCCCCGGAACUGCCCACUCCCGAGACAAAGAAUGCCAGCGAUUGUCAGUGUAGCGAGCGGCACUACCGGAUCACGGGCGGCCUUGAACAGAACGUCGUGAGCAAGUGGAAUCUUGUUUGCGAUUCUGCCUGGCAAGUCCACAUUGCAAAAUUCUCUCUGCUUGUAGGAUUAAUCUUUGGCUAUCUCAUAACCGGAUGUAUAGCUGACUGGUUUGGGCGCCGGCCGGUGCUGCUCUUCUCUGUCAUAUUCAUUUUGAUAUUUGGACUGUCUGUAGCCCUUUCAGUGAACGUGACCAUGUUUAGCACACUCAGGUUUUUUGAAGGGUUCUGCCUGGCGGGAAUCAUCCUGUCAUUGUACGUACUGAGGAUAGAGCUCUGCCCUCCCAAUCACCGCUUCAUGAUAACAAUGGUGGCGAGCUUUGUGGCCAUGGCAGGACAAUUCCUCAUGCCAGGCUUGGCUGUUCUCUGCAGGGACUGGCAAGUUCUCCAAGCAGUCAUCAUCUGCCCUUUCCUGUUGAUGUUACUCUACUGGUUUAUUUUCCCAGAAUCUCUUCGGUGGCUGAUGGCCACGCAACAGUUUGAAGCUGCAAAGAAGCUCAUCCUUCACUUAACUCACAGAAACAGGAUGAACACAGAAUGCGACAUCAAAGGAGUGAUGCCCGAACUAGAGAGAGAACUUUCCAGACGGCCGAAGAAGGUCUGCAUUGCUAAAGUGGUGGGAACCAGGAACCUAUGGAAAAACAUUGUUGUGCUGUGUAUAAAUUCGCUGACUGGGUAUGGGAUUCACCACUGCUUUGCAAAGAGCAUGAUGGGUCAUGAAGUUCAGAUGUCCCUCACCAACAAUUUCUAUGCGGACUACUACACCAUGGCUGGGAUUACUCUGGCAUCCUGUCUGGCCAUGUGCCCUGCUGUUGGAUUCCUUGGGCGAAGAGGGGGCCUGCUGCUCUUCAUGAUCCUCACUGCUCUGGCUGCACUUCUACAACUUGGCCUUCUCAACUUUAUUGGAAAAUACACUCAACUUCCAGAUUCAGGUAUGAAUGACAGCGUCAGGGAAAAAUUCUCCACCGCCUUUUCCAUCGUGGGUAUGUUUUCAUCGCACGCAGUUGGAAGUCUCAGUGUAUUCUUCUGUGCAGAAAUUACACCAACUGUAAUAAGGGGCGGUGGCCUUGGCCUUGUCCAGGCCAGUGCUGGGUUUGGUAUGCUGACAGCCCCCAUCAUGGAGCUCCACAACCAGAAAGGCUACUUCCUCCACCAUGUGAUCUUUGCCUGCUGUACCCUCAUUUGCAUCAUCUGCAUCCUCCUCCUGCCUGAGAGCAAAAACCAGAACCUGCCAGAGAACAUUCCAGAUGGCGAACAUUACACCAGACAACCCCUCCUGCCCCACAAAAAGGGGGAGCAGCCCCUGCUUUUGACAAACUCUGAACUCAAGGAUUACUCCGGCCUUCAUGAUUCAGCAGCUGUGAAUGAUGGGGUGACCGAGAAUGUCACAGCCAAUGGGAUGAAGGCUAUGUAGCUGGCUGAAAGAGGAGCACUUCUGGGUAGAAGUGCUUUCCCUACAAGGUUGACAGACCAGUGAAACAAGGGAUGGAUACACAGGGAAAUUGGACUCUGCUGCUAAAGCCACUUCUUGUAGGAAUCUUUGAUUGGGGUGCAGUUGCUUUGGAAAUGGUUAUGGGGAAAAUGCAUCUUCAAAGCAAACUGGCUGGAGAUAACCACCCAUCAAAACUUUACUUUUCUUCCUGCCAUGAAAUGUUUCUAUUUAUUUGGAUGAUAUUUCCCCCCCAAGAAGCACUUUAUUCCCUUUUCCUCUCAUUGACCACAAACACGAAGCCAUGUUUUUCUUGAGAAGUGCAGCCAUUCCAAGAAAGAAAUCAUGGGAUUUGUUUUGUUUUUAUAGUUUCUGUGUUUUGACGGAAUGGGGUAUCUUUUGCUGUGACAAUGAAUUCAUUGACUACUGACACUUUAGCUUCAACAAAUUUUGUCUCUCCAGAUAAUCCCAUCCUCCCUGCCCCCAGGUUUACCUACUGUAUAAGUGUGCAUACAGAUCUCUGACAAAAUUCCAACUGCAUUCUUGGCAGCAGAAACAGAGUUUGGCUAAUAAACCCUAGUGUAUUUUAAAAAUACUGUUUUCUAAAUAUUAAGAUAGAAGAGUCCACAUAUUACUUACAGUUCAAAGCUGAAGGGAAAAACCACUGCGAAAGCAAGCUAAAUUUUCCAACUGAGAUCAGGCAUGUGGAUUUAAAUGAGGAGCAUGUCUCUUUAUAGAGAAUUCUUGCAAAUGUUUAUUAAUAAUAACAAAAGCCAAUUUCAAUUGCAUUAUUCAGCGGUAAGCUCAAGGCAUUACCAAGAGUGGUUUUAGUCUAGCAGGAGGUCUAGGAACUAUAAGGUAGUGUUUCCUAGAAUAAUAUUUCCAAGUUGGGAGGGAGAAAUGAUGGCCUGAAGAGUUUAGGGCUUGAACAGGUUUUAAAAGCAGCUAGGCUGGAAACUUGACUAUCUCAGCAUCAGAUCUGCUGCGUGCCUCCUCUGUGCCCAAGACUGUUUGAUUUGUUUGGUUGUUGAAGCGAUAAGAUAUAAAUGAACUGACAGAAUAAAUAAAAAAUUAAGAUUAGGGGAAGAGGAGGCGGAAGAAGCAAACCAAAGGGUUCCCUGGAUGGUUAAGCAGAGACCACAGCAGAGAUGAAUAAGCAAUUGUCAACGCAUUUCCCCCCUACGUUUGCCAUUGUCAGCUGGCUGGCAUUUCCAGCGUGAAAAACUAUAGGAAACUGCUACCAUAAGUGCACCAAAAUAAAACCCCAAGUGCUCUUGUAGGAGUUAUCAUUUUUUCUCAAUAAAUCAGCCCCUUGGCUGGAACAGGCACACGUUGAUCCUGUUACUUGGAAGUAACUUCUACUGAAUUCCAGUGGAGCUUGCUUCCGUAUAAAAUUGAUCCUGAUGGGGUGUUAAUGAAGCAAGAAACACGUCCUUUCUUCUCUUCCUUCUUCUUCCCCCAAAGACCAGCAAUAAUUUGUGCUGGCUAUUUAAACCUUUGUCCAUACACAAGCAUUGGCUACUGAAAUGUUGGUUCUUAGGCAAGAAUCCCAGAGCGCCAGCUUAUGAACUCAUAGCUAUUUUGCAUAUAGUUAAUUGCCCCACUCCUUCCUCCUCUACUCAGACCAUACAUUUGUGAUUGCCUGAUGGUAUAGUCAUUUAAAUGAACACAGAAACCAGAUGUGUGGUGAUGUGCAGAGCCAUCCUUUUGACUGUCACUUUGUUUGAUGUAUCUCUUGCAUUCGUGGGCAAAGGAUAGGGCUAGUUUUUGUGCUUUCCUCCUUGCCGUGUCCCUUUUUCGCUCUAUAUAUUGUCUGUUGACUUAAAUUAUCUGUAGAUUCCUUCUUAUUCUCUCUGUCAGACUGCUUUUUGCAUCCCUAUGACCUGCACAAAGCCAUCAAAGCUGCUUGUCUUAUAGCAAAUAGUGCAGCCUCUAAUGCUGGCUAAUUGCUGAGGGGCAAAACUGGCCUACAGAAAAGAGAAGUGUUUAUGUACUUGAAGAAGAAGAAAAAACAAUGUUGUCGUAAAACUACUAAUUUCCUUACAGUGGGUGAGAUGCUUGGGAUGAUCUUUCUCAAGCCCAGUUGAGAAGUAACACUGGAUUGUUCAAUGGUUUUUCCCUCACACAACCCCAAAGUGCCACUGCUGUGUUCACCUCAGUGGGACUUGCUGAAAAGUGCGAGCCCAAAUCCUUCUUAUGCUCUCUAGUAAACUGUCUGGCUUUAAAAACAAUGCCAAAAUGGCCACCUCUCCUUCAUUCUUCUUUAUGUCCACACUAAUGCAACCUUACAUUUGCAUUGAAAAAUAAGGCCUUUGGAACUGUGCAGUAUUCAUGUGCCAAAUUUGUGUGAAGCCUUUUGCCUUUUAUAUAAUGCUUGAUACAAGCUACAUAUCAGGAACAGUGGAUUUCUAGUGAAAUCUAUGAAGUAUAAUUUUUAUUUAUUGUUAAAUGGAGUGGGGCCUUGAAAAGCAUUAGAGAGAAGAGAAGAGAAUUGGUGAAGGUCACACAAGCUCUGAGCUAAUACACAGCACUUUUGCAAUCCAUGUGGUAUGGAACAGCUUUUUAAUUCUCCAUCUCUGUACAUAUAUUCUUAGAACAGAGUACAAAUCAUGCUGACCAUUUGCCAGCCUAUGAAGUUUAUUGCAUUUUAACACUGUUAAAAGUCCCUGUUGUGCUCAUUUCUGUCACCUGCUGUGUUUUCUAGUUUCCUGUUCUGGUGCAAUGCUCCUUAACUUGACAAACAAGCAAAGCAAAAAAGAAAGAGGGAAUGUGUAUAGAACUCUGUAAGGUGGUGGGAGCACUUGGUGAUUUUUUUUUUUAAAUGAUUUUUUAUAAAAUUAAUCUUGGAAGGUUUUCUUUCUUUUAUUUUUGUCUGGAGCUAGUAAAUAAAUCUGUUCUCAAAAUACGUUAUGGUUAGUUUGGUUUAAAAGCAUGAGUUAUUUCCCACCCCAACACUCCUUUUGCUGAGAUUUUUUAAAAUUACCUCAGUACAUGUCUGAUACUUUGUAUUGCAUAACUGAUUCAAGACAGCUUUUGCUGAAGAUACAAGACAGGUACUAGAUUAUCCUCUCAGCAAGAGAACACUACUGAUUAUGUUCUAUUCCUGUGCAACGUGAACCACCAUUUAUAUGAGGACCUGCCAGGUGGUUGAGCACUCCAUUUAUGUACUCCCAUCUAGGCAACAAAGACAGGUUGAUUAAGCUUCUACUGGGCUACCAUACACAUCUGGUAAACAAUGCUCCGCCUGGUGGAUCACAUUGUGCAGGGUGAUGUAAUGUCCUGCUAUUUGUCUGCUUCUUUGGAUAAGAGUUUCUUAGUGACUCUAUCAAGCUUUGAGUGCCUCUUUCAUUUAUUCUUCAUGAUAAUGAAUACAGGCCUGUCAGACUUGUGGCCCUGAGGCCUUUUGUAGUAUGUCAGCUAUGUAUUGCAGCUUGUCUGCAGUUUAACUGAAGAACCUUCUGUAGUUACAUCUUUAGGAAGCCAUAGGUGCAUCUGGCACCUGGUAGGCGGCAGCACAUAACUGGCAAGUGCACAUCACCUGGGGUUGGAAGCUUGACAAGCCUGCUAUUAGGGAAACACACGGCACUUGUUACAAUAAACCCUGUGAGGUGUAAUACAGACGUCCCACAGCAACAUACAAGUAAAACUGGGAGUGGUAGUAGAGACAAUUGAUUUGUCAGUGUUUGGAAAGUGGUUUGGGACAUUGCUGGCCUUUGUGAGCACAUUCUUCCUGCUAGCAUUUCUGAUAAACAAGUUUUGCAGGUUUUAGUAGUACUUCACAAACCUGCAACAUCUAUUUGCCCUGAGGUGACAAUGGGGCAGAAUAAGACCAUAAGCAGCAAUCCCCUAUAUGAUUUUCGGCUCUAGGAAAAGUAUGGUCCGUUCUCCAACCUUGAUUCCUCAUACCUUGGAUGGCAGUCACUUUUGUUUGUUUUUAAUUGGUAUCUCCAGAUAUUCAGUGCUGUUUCCCCCUCUAGAGACGGUAAUGCUUCAGUGCUAUGGGAACAUGAGGGCCAUUCUCACUGCUGCCUCAGCAUAUGGGCAGUUGAGUUACUUAUGCUGACUUCUAGGCAUAAAAGGCUGUGGUAAGAGAGUUGAGUGCCUGUCUGUGUCAUGUGCUCACCUUGGCCAAGUUAGCUUCUGGUAUGACACCACAAACCAUACUAAACACAUGUAAGUGGUUGUGUGCCAAAGGCCAAUUCUUCAGCCUAUGGCAGCACAAUGAAAUGGCCCGUCUGACACAAGCUGAGCCAAAAUGGGGGCUGCCACAGGCUGAGGAAGUGGGGAUCAGCCCGAGUCCUUGCUCAUUGCUAAGUGACCUGGAGGCAAAUGUCAUAUAACAUUUGGUAGUCUUUAUGAACAGCUAUGAGUGGAGUUCAAGAACCAAAACAGUCAAUAAUUCAAAUUGGGGAACCUGAGAUUGUUACUAAGUCUGGAGAAGUGCAAGUCCAACCGAGUGUAAUGUUGUAAACAAACUCUUAAGUCUAUCCUAAUAGGGACAGCAUGGGAAAAUGUACUCUCCAUUCAGAUUUUCCCCUGGGUUCUUUUGUGAGUGAAGAAGAGACAGUUUUUUCUGGCUUAUUUUUAAUUUAGCAUUAAAAAUUGAAUUUUUAAAAAAUCUGCAUAGACAUUAAAUCAGGAUGGAACUUUUAAAGAUUUAUGUAACUAUCUCUGUUAACAAAACACUGUAAGAAUAGGUUGGAAAAUCAUUUUUAUUGAUGCUUGCAGGAACAAGUUCCUAUUUUAGUGGCAGUGAUUUUGUUUUGAGUUCUGGACUUUUUUAUUAUUAUUAUUAGAAGUUUUUCAUUUAAGUUGCCAGUUCCUAAAACCUGAAAGAAAAAUCACCAAACUCAGAAGUGCCAUUAUAAUGAACUGUGAAUGUCUUAUCAAGUUGCAUUUGUAGCUGGGUCAGAAAAACACCAAUUAAGUGUGGCAGAUAUCCCAUACUUAAUUUAAAAAUAAACAAAACCUCAUUUUAAAAUGUGUUAUGUGAAAACAUUUUUUGAGAAAGGAGUAGCGUGCUAUGUCUGUAGUGGGUGAGAAUUCCCUCCCCCCUCCUUCAGUUUCUGAUGAAGUUUUCUUGACUAAUUGUUGUUACUGUACGGUGAGUAGUUUGGUGCUUCUCCAUAGCACAAGCUUCAAAAUCAACUACUGACAAACAGUCUUAAAAAAGCUAAAUGUCUGCAUGAUGUUACAUCCGUUGUACCUACUGAACAACUUUGUAUGUAAAUGUACAGGAAUAAAGACAUUGCCUCAUUAGCA